AAAUAUUGUUAUUCUCUGGCUUUCGUGUGGCGAUAGGAAGACCCAACCAACCCCAAAUUCUCUCUCUACCUCUUUCGCGUAUUGUUCCGACCAACCAAAUAGAAUUCUACACGAUCCACAAAACAACAGAUUCCACCCUGACGCGUAUUAUCUCCUCCCCAACCCCCUUCUUUCUCGCCGCGACGGCGCCUCUUGCUCUACCUACGAGCUCCGCCGGCAAAGCCGUGACAUUCCGGCGAACCGACGGCCAAGAUGGUGUCCCCCUUCGAUAGCUCCAACUGGGUCUUCGAUAACGACUUGAUUAAUGACCUCCCCGUCCCUCUCGGCGGCGAGCUUCCUUCCCUCGACCCUACGGCUCCUAUUUGGUCGGCCCAUCCAUCUUACCCCGAUUCCGCUCCCAUGAGAUACAGCGUUCCAUUCAAUGUCCCGUUGAAUUCCGAUUGUGUUAAGGAAAGUGGGUCUAGGAAAAGGGCGAGAGAUGAAUCGAGCAAUGCUCCAGCUCCUCCUAGGUCGAAAGCAUGUAGAGAGAAAAUGAGAAGAGACAGGCUGAAUGACAGGUUCAUGGAACUGAGCGCGAUUCUCGAGCCAGGAAAGCCACCAAAGGUGGACAAAUCAGCCAUCUUAGUUGACGCAGCUCGAAUGGUGACUCAGCUGAGAGGUGAAGCUGUUAAGCUCAAGGAGUCGAAUGAGAGCCUUCAAGAGAAAAUCACUGAAUUGAAGGCAGAGAAGAAUGAGCUGAGAGAUGAGAAGCAGAGGCUGAAGACAGAGAAGGAGCAGCUCGAAAGUCAAGUGAAGGCGAUUAGUACACCACCAGCGGGAUAUCUGCCUCAUCCUAUGGCUGCAGCUGCAUUUGCUGCUGCAGCGCCUGGUCCAAUGGGAGGCAAAUUCAUGCCAUAUGUUGGGUAUCCUCAAGUCUCAAUGUGGCAGUUCAUGCCUCCUGCAGCUGUUGAUACGUCCCAGGAUCAUUCCAUUCGUCCUCCGGUUGCUUAAGCUAAAGCUUUCAGGCAAGGCUCUAUUACUGACUUCAUUGGGCACGGGACACCAAUGGCAACACCCU